AUGCUACAGGAGGCCUUGUCUUCCUUUCUGCACCUGUAUGGCUUGUUGUAUCAGGCCAUCAUGCCCUGCUCGCAUCCUGAGCUGCUGCCUGUGAAAAGUGUCGACCGUCAGCAGUAUCUUGGAAAAUGGUACUUUCAAGCGGCAGCCAGUCACAGUGAGGCCGACAUCCAGAAGUUCCGAGCGUUGGACAGCAUUUUGUUCACCAUGGAGGAGCCAGCCAAUGACACGCUGCUGCUGACUGGACACAUGCGCAUAGGAGAUGCCUGCAUCACACAGACCUGGACCUACCACCUGCACCCUGGGAGGGACGACCUGGAGCUGGAAGGAAGGCCGCAGCGCAGGAACCUGCUCUGGAGCGGCAAGUGGGCCAACUGUCCCGACUGCAUCGUUUUCCAGGAAGUAGAACCUCCUUUAAACGAGACCGGCACAGUGGACUCCCUGCACAGACACAUGCUGUAUGCUCGCAGCAGUGACGUCAAAGACGAGCUGGUGACGGCGUUCCUGGAAAACGCAGCGUGCCAUAAGAUGCAGGCGAGCGUCAGACUACCUCAGGAGAAAGAGUUCUGCACUUAGUCACUAACGAAGAGGAAGGUUCAGAUGCGACAGCUGUCUGGACUGGGUUUGUUGUUGCUGAUUGAAACUACAGUGAGGUGUCUUCGUCCUGACAGGAUGCUGCCGGAGCCACAGGCGUCCUCAGUGACAAUAACAUCAUUUCAUGCUUUCUCUGUUUAAGAAGAAAACAAAUAAAAGCAAAAAAACA